UACACGUCAAAAUGGCCGAUCUGACAUCGGUGCUCACUUCGGUUAUGUUUUCUCCCUCUAGUAAAAUGUUUAUCGGUGGACUGAGCUGGCAGACCUCACCAGAUAGCCUUAGAGACUAUUUUAGCAAAUUUGGAGAAAUUAGAGAAUGUAUGGUCAUGAGAGAUCCCACUACGAAACGCUCCAGAGGCUUCGGUUUCGUCACCUUCGCAGACCCAGCAAGUGUAGAUAAAGUAUUAGGUCAACCCCACCAUGAGUUAGAUUCCAAGACGAUUGACCCCAAAGUUGCAUUUCCUCGUCGUGCGCAGCCCAAGAUGGUCACAAGAACAAAGAAAAUAUUCGUAGGAGGGUUAUCUGCGAACACUGUAGUGGAAGAUGUCAAGCAGUAUUUCGAGCAGUUUGGCAAGGUGGAGGAUGCGAUGCUGAUGUUUGACAAAACCACCAACAGGCACAGAGGGUUUGGCUUUGUCACGUUUGAGAAUGAAGAUGUUGUGGAGAAAGUCUGUGAGAUUCAUUUCCAUGAAAUCAAUAAUAAAAUGGUAGAAUGUAAGAAAGCUCAGCCGAAAGAAGUCAUGUUCCCACCUGGGACAAGAGGCCGGGCCCGGGGGCUGCCCUACACCAUGGAUGCGUUCAUGCUUGGCAUGGGGAUGCUGGGCUACCCCAAUUUUGUGGCAACCUAUGGCCGAGGCUACCCCGGAUUCGCUCCUAGCUAUGGCUAUCAGUUCCCAGGCUUCCCAGCAGCAGCAUAUGGGCCAGUGGCGGCGGCAGCAGUGGCGGCGGCUCGAGGAUCAGUCCUGAAUAGCUACAGUGCUCAACCGAAUUUUGGCGCGCCCGCUUCCCCGGCAGGCUCCAACCCGGCGCGGCCCGGAGGCUUCCCAGGGGCCAACAGCCCAGGACCCGUCGCCGAUCUCUACGGCCCUGCCAGCCAGGACUCCGGAGUGGGGAAUUACAUAAGUGCAGCCAGCCCACAGCCUGGCUCGGGCUUCGGCCACGGCAUAGCUGGCCCUUUGAUUGCAACGGCCUUUACAAAUGGAUACCACUGAACAGGUGCUUCCGUUGCCAUCUCACCCUGAGAGCAUACCUGGAUGUCCAGGCAAGACUGGGCGAAGUUUCUGAGUGGCCCUUUGUUUAGGUGAUGUCCUCAGACCUGGAUCCCCACCAGCCUCACUCCUCAUCCCAACCAGAGAUGGCACACUUUGGAUUGAGGGUUGACUACAUCUCAUCUCACCGACCUGCUGUACUAUAAGACAACAGCUUUUAAACGUGUAUAUAAUCCAUGAUUUUGGUUUGGUUCUGUUUGUUUUCCUUUGGUGGUCUCCCUCUCCCUCCCCUCUCCUUUCUCCUCUUCAGUCUCCCUGAAUCACAUUUGGUAGUGAUUUUUGACUUAGUCUAGUGUCACCUUAGCUUAAUAUCUAGUUGAAAGCUAACCAUAGUAUACUUGUUAUAUAUUAAGGAGUUUUCUUUUUUCUUUAAAAAAAAAAAAGAACUUUGUUUUGUUGUUUUGAUUCCGUUCUCACUUUUAAAGGAUGCUGAGAUGGUGAUGUUACUCUCCAUUUUUGGUACCAAUUCUGAGACUGUAAGAAUUUUCAUCUGGGACUUUGGCACACACUGAAGCAAAGCUGUGAUGUGCGGAGCGGGAGGUGGGCGUAGACUCUGUUGCGUUGUAGAAGUGACAUGCAGUUGGCUGCUUAACAGACUGACAGUUCAUUUUUGUGACGUCUCUUUGUUAACCUAAGUCUAUCUAUUUUCGGCAAUAAGGUAAGGACGGCCAUGUUUUGAGCGCCUUCCUUUUCUAUGAGUGCUUUUUUUUCUGUUCAAAGAGGUCAUAUUAUAAGGUUUUUUGAAAUUGUGAAUUCUAAAAAACAAAAAACAAACAAAAAAAUGUUGUAAAUAUAAUUCCAUUAACUACAUAGAAACUAUUAAGAAAGAGAGAAUCAAAAAUAUUUUUGUGGGGAGUUGCUCCCAGGCAGUUAGGUGCCCUGGAAGGAGGGGAAGGGAGGGAACUUUGAUGAAGCUGAUGAACUACAGCAGGCGAGCACCCAGCUGCCAGGGCGACCCGAAUUCCACCCUUAGCGCCUCUGUUGGUGUGAUAGACCUAAGAACCGCAUUAGCACCCUGCCAACCCAGCGACCUCUCAGUGCACAGCUUCCAAUAGUAAGGUCUAGCUAGAUUUUUAUUUAAAAUAUGAAAAACUGCUUUUCCCAAGAUGUUUUUUAAAGGAAAAAAAACAAAGCUACAAUUUUAAUAUUUAACAUAUUUAAAGUUUCCAAGCACACCUGUUUUGGCUUAGGGGAAGGGCAGGGUUGGGGCAUUCUUUUUCAGUCUUAAUUUUUAAAUAUCUGAUCAUUUUAUAUUGUCCAGUCAUUUCAGCACCUCCAAAGGUCCCGAGGGUACUCUGCCUCUCUCCUCACCCUGUCCCCCAUCCUGCCCCCAGAGCGGGGGCCCACGGGCCAGGAGCGGAUAAGCCUGCAUGAAUACAUCCUUUCUCCAUCCACUUUCUAUUUACAAAUUAGGAAAGCAACCUUUCAGUUUAUAUAUAUAUAUAUAUUUUUAUUUUGAUACCUCAGUGCUGCAAGUAUCAUCAGAGAGGCUAUGGAAGAGUUUUUUUUUAAUUUAUUGUAGAUGUAAACAGAAUUUUAAAUAAAAAGUAUAAACAUCACUGCACUGUGACUGGUGGGAAAAACUGACCGUUUCCUGUUUGCACAUGCCUGACAUUGGCUGUUAGAGUAUAUGGUCCUCAGCUGGGGAAAGACACGUAGGAUGAAGGAUAUUUUUUAAUUUAACUUUUUUUUAAAAAUAUUGGUCAUAAGUCGGCAACAGCAACUGUCGAAGUACAACUCAAUAGGUGGCAUUAAAGCAUAUUGUAGUGUGGAUAUAUAUUUUUUCUUUUUUAAAAUGUGAUAUUGACAUUUUAUUAAUAUUUUUUAAAUUGUUACGUUUAUAAAUUUGGUACUUAAGGCACAGCCAGUAUGAGACACUGAAUGCGACGUUUAUAAAGAGCUGCUGCACUCCUAUUUUUAUGAAUUUUACUAACACGUAGACUACGUAGACAUUCACAGACAUGGUAGCGCAAAGGCAUCAGCAAACCAAGUCUCCGGAAAGCUCACUCAGAAAGGAAAGAAGCCUGCUUCUGUUUUAACGAAAUGCAAUGAAAGAAAGAAAGAAAAAGAAAGAAAGAAAGAAAGUCAUGUUCUUUGUUUUUAAAAUAAAAUUCUGGGUUGUUUGGGAAGGUUUUGGGUUUGGGGUGUUUUUGUUUUGUUUUCGUUUUAAGUUUCCAAACAACUAAACCAAGUAAAAUGCUGGAUGCUUUUAAAAUACAAAACUUAUUCACGUUAUAAAAAUAACAAAAUAGAUGUUUUAUUUAAAAAAAAAAAAACAGCGACAAAGAGAAAGAGAGACACUAAAUCCCAGCAGUUCGGUGUCCAGCUAGGGGUAAUGACUCUUUGUCCGCGUUGGUGAUGUCUGUCCCCGCCCCUGUCCAUUUCUCCACAUCCCCAUCACCUCAUAGAAGACUCUUUGUUGAUCAUCGUUUGUUAAUAAUGUAUAAAAUGGCUAUCUUGUAAGUGUGCUGUCUUGGUACUAGCGUAGUAACUUUUUUUCUCCUCUUUCUUCUAGUACAUAGGUAUAACGUAAUUAAGGUUUUAAAAAAAAUUAGACAUAGUUAUUCAGAUUUAGGACCAGUAAGGAUAGAACUUUCUCUUAUUUAUGAAAAGAAAAAAUGCUAAUAAUUUGGGGGCAGUUUUUUCCUUUUUUUUUUUCCGAGUUCAAAUUUAAUUUUAUUUUUACUGAUUUGAUGUGGUUUCAACUAACCCAAGGUCUCACAAUGUUCAAAUGCCGGCCGACUCUCCGGCGUUUUGUAGGUCCCCGCCCCCCUCUCUGUGAAGGGGUGUGCCAUACUACCUUAAAUGCAAACACUAGAUAUGCAAAACUGGAUUUUUUUAAUUUAUUUUUUAAAAGAGGGAGGCGUGGUAUAUUAAAAUGAUUUUACUAAGAGAAAAAAUAUUUUUUUAAGGAUGCUCAGAAGAAAUUGAUAAUCUGUGUGAAUAUGUUUUAGAUGUUUAUAUGCAUUUUGAAGAGACCCAGUAGCCCAUAGCACAAACCUUGUGAACAUCUGAUAUGUUUUCAAGUGGCUACCUAGGUUAAGGUUAACAUUAGUCCCCCACUUCCUCAUCUAGAAGUCCAUUUUAAACAAUUUUUGUAAAUUCUUUUAACACUGAUGUCCAUCCUUGUCUUUGUUUCAGUUAAGCUCAGGAGUGAAUGUGGGGACCGGCUCUCACCUUCCUAGGGGAGAAACCCUCUUGGCUAAUGGCUCUUCCCUGGCAUUACCAAAUAACCACCAGGGGAUUCUCUGGCUUCCAGGUCCAUCUGCCUGAGACCCCCGAGCUCCUUACCUCCCAGUGGGGGAGAUGGAGCGACUCCUGGUCCCCUUCCUACUUCAGCCUGGAUGUGGGGCUGGUGGAGAUGACCAAGCCUGGGUCUCCUCCGCAGGAGUCUCUGCAUGUGUGGUUCGUGGCCUUCCUCACACCCAUUGGGAAAACCAAAUAGCCUCACACUCUUUCCCCACCGCUCAUUGGCUUGAUUCAAACGAAGCUCCAACAGGCCUUUGUGGGUUUUUUUUUUUUCCUUCAUAACCAUUCUCUUAAUUUGAACUUGUAGCUUGGGCUUUAAGGUAGCAUGGCUCGAUUGCUGUCAACGUCAUGUUUCGCGGCACUGCAGUCCACAGCCAGUGAAUGUUACACACAUCUUGCUAGACUAGUAUAAAACUCAUUGGGUAAUUGUGGGUUCUAAUGACCUGAAAGGUGUUCAGUUUUCUUUGGGGGGGGGGGUGGUUCUUUUUCUUUCGUUUCUUCUUUCAUUUGAGAAUUUUUUGGCGGGGGGGAGGAAAGUAUUUUUUGGUUCCAACUAGAAAAACAAAAGCUAUUUUGGUCUUUAGUGGAAACGAGGGCUAGGGACUUGGCCUCCACCACCACUACCACUCUGCUUCACUCUGCCGCUCUCUCGCC